AUGUCGAACAUUUCAAAUGUGACAAUUUUUGAAGGUCAUCAAAAUUUUAAAUUAAGACUAAUACUAUCAACAUUAAGUGGAAAAUCAAUUAAAAUCAUAAAAAUUAGGUCAAAUGAUCUUAACCCUGGUUUAAAAGACUACGAAGUCUCGUUUUUGAGACUACUAGAAGCUGUUACAAAUGGAUCACAUAUAGAAAUAUCAUACACUGGUACCACAAUAAUAUAUAGACCUGGGAUAAUAAUUGGGGGCGAAUUGACACACAAUUGCCCAAACUCAAAAUCGGUAGGAUACUUUAUAGAGCCAAUGUUAAUGCUAGCUCCAUUUUCCAAAAAAAAAUUUAACAUAAUUUUCAAUGGGUUGACAAACUUAAAUGGUGAAACAGGUGUCGAUGCUAUAAAAUGGGGUUUAUUCCCAAUAAUGGAGAAAUUUGGAGUACGAGAUUGUUUGUUGCAUACUAUAAAGAGAGGAUCUCCGCCAAAUGGAGGAGGAGAAGUUCAUCUAAUUUGUAAUUUAUUGAUACCUACCCCAUUAACCAUACAUGUUUUAAAUAUACCUAAGUUUUCUGCAAUAAGAGGUGUUGCAUAUUGUACAAGAGUGUCACCUUCGAUUGUAAACAGAAUGAUCGAUUCGGCCAGAUCAGUUUUGAAAAAUACAGGCUGCGAAGUUAAUAUUACUGCUGACGUUUGGAGAGGUGAGAAUGCCGGCAAAUCACCAGGGUUUGGAAUCACUUUGGCGGCUGAAUCUAAAAGAGGUUGGAGAAUUAUCGCCGAAAACGUAGGUGAAGCCCAAUCUCUUCCUGAAGAUUUGGGUGAGUUGACUGCCUAUCAAUUGAUUGAAGAAAUCACAAAAAGCGGUGCUAUAGGAAGAUAUCAAAUUAUUAUGGCAAUAAUAUUCAUGAUAAUAGGAAAAGAAGACAUAGGUAGAAUUAAAAUACAUAAAAGUGAAAUCGAUGAAAAAUUGAUUUUCGCUUUGAGAGAUGUAAAACAAAUAUUUGGAACGGAAGCAUAUUUUAAAGACGAUGCUGAAGAGAUUGAUGGUGAUGAAAAUUUUAUAACUUUGUCACUCAAAGGUAAUGGGUUUACUAAUGUAUCUAAAAAAAUAGCAUAG